UUGUGCUCACAGUUUCUCACCAAUGGCAAUUGUGGGUAAUCAAUGUUUUUAUUCUCACUCACUCAAAUCUCAUGUUUCACCUUUCUGGAAUUUCAAACCGAGUUUCAGCUCCAGGCCUCUGUCUCUUUCUAUUGCCAGAAAAUGGCCCAGAACAUUUUCUCAAGUGAGAUCUGUUGUUGCUCCAACUGAAGCUUCUGCUGGCUUUGAGGAAAUGGUCUUGGGAACUCAACGCAAGUAUUACAUGUUAGGUGGAAAGGGAGGGGUUGGAAAGACGAGUUGUGCUGCAUCCCUUGCUGUAAAAUUCGCAAACAACGGUCAUCCCACUUUAGUGGUUUCAACUGAUCCUGCACAUUCUUUGAGUGAUUCUUUUGCCCAGGAUUUAACUGGCGGAACGCUAGUACCAGUUGACGGACCGUAUUCUCCUCUGUUUGCCCUUGAGAUAAACCCUGAAAAAGCAAGGGAAGAAUUUCGAAGUGUCACUGGGGGAAGUGGAGUCAAAGACUUCAUGGAUGGCAUGGGUCUUGGGAUUCUUACAGAACAGCUUGGGGAACUAAAGCUGGGAGAGUUGUUGAACUCACCUCCGCCUGGUUUAGAUGAAGCUAUUGCGAUUUCGAAGGUUAUGAAAUUCCUUGAUUCACAAGAAUACAAUAUGUUUACUCGAAUAGUGUUUGACACUGCCCCCACGGGUCACACAUUACGGCUGUUAUCCUUGCCUGACUUCUUGGAUGCAUCAAUUGGGAAGAUAUUGAAGUUGAAGCAAAAGAUAUCUAUGGCUACUUCAGCCCUAAAAUCUGUCUUCGGUCAGCAAGAAAACCAACAAAAUGCUGCUGACAAAUUAGAGAAACUAAGGGAGAGGAUGAUAAAAGUGAGGGAGCUUUUUCGUGACACAAACUCAACAGAAUUCGUCAUUGUAACAAUCCCCACGGCGAUGGCCAUAAGUGAAUCAUCAAGAUUAUGUUCUUCUCUGAAAAAGGAAGGUGUCCCUGUCAAGAGACUUGUAGUCAACCAAAUUCUUCCUCCAUCCACCUCUGAUUGCAAGUUCUGUGCAAUGAAGGGGAAGGAUCAAGCGCGUUCUAUUAGCAUGAUCGAGAGUGAUCCCGAGCUCUCCAGCUUGACGAUGAUCUACGCACCUCUUGUUGAUGUAGAAAUCAGAGGCGUUCCUGCUCUUCAGUUUUUAGGGGACAUCGUUUGGAAGUGAAAACUGGCACGUAUCCAAACAUAUUUCAAAACAAAAAUUAAAAGUUGGACUUAGUUUUAAGCUUUGCCUAACGUGCUCUAAACCAAGAAGAAAAAAUUUCUUACCGGCCUUUUUCUAACCUCAUCUAUAUUUGUUCUGCUGCUAAUACGAUAGAUUGAACACAAGUAUCCCUGUAAUUUGUAAAGCUGAAAUGGAAGAUCAAUCUGAUAAUGACUCACUGUAAUUCUCACCAGUAGAGAGUCUGAAUCAUCAGAUGCCUUGCAAUUACUGAAGCUGCAGUCUUUUCUUUC